AUGCCUCUCGGAAGUGUGGAGUGUUUUCGUGUCGGGUCAGACUGGGAUGCUUAUGUGCGUCGGGUUAAACAAUUCAUCACGUUAAACGCGAUCGACGACAAUUUACACGUGGCGUCACUAGUAACUUUAGUCGGUGCGGAGUGUUAUGAGCUUAUGUGUGAUUUGUGUGCACCCUCUAAACCCGAGGACCAAACAUUCGACGACUUAGUCAAGCUAGUAAGGGAGCAUUUGGAACCCGAGAGAUCGGAAAUAGCGGAACGACACAUCUUCCGUCAAAGAAAGCAGCUACUCGGUGAAAGUAUACGCGAAUACCUACAGAAUUUAAAACAUCUGGCCAAAACGUGUAACUUCGGGACGGGUCUCGAGGUCAACCUUCGCGAUCAAUUCGUGUCGGGGCUGCUGAGCGAAGAGAUGAGGUCGAGGCUAUUUGCCGUGCGGGCCAUCGACUACAAGCGCGCCGUAGAACUUGCCCUGGCUCUAGAGGCGGCAGAGAAGCACGCGGCGGUGGGCGCUCCGGCGGGCGCGUCAGCGUCGGCGUCGGCGUCGGCGCCGCCGAACGACGGUCUGCAUCGCGUGGGAGCGGCGCGGCGGCGGGGCGCGGGCCCGGCGGCGGCGGCGACGGCCGCGCCGCGGGCGCCGUGUGCGCGCUGCGGCAAGACCGGUCACGCGGAGGGCAGAUGUCGGUACAAACAAUUUUCAUGCGACGCGUGCGGUGAAAAAGGCCAUUUGAAAGUGAUGUGCAGAAAGGAGGUAUCUAAAAAGUCAACAAAAGGUCAGUACUUUUUAAACGAUUCUGAUUCGGAUGAUAGUAAUUGCCAUUUUUAUAAAAUUGACAGUGAUGUGGACAUUGGGGACGGCCCCUUUUACGUUACGCUUACUGUGCAGAAAAUACGGUGCAAAUUUGAAGUCGACACGGGUAGCAGAAUUUCGGCUAUAUCUAAAGACUAUUAUGAUAGAUGUUUUUCCCAUUUGCCCUUACAAAAUAAAAUGUUACGUUUUAGGUCAUACAUCGGAGAUCCUAUCAAGACAGUAGGAUAUUUGGAUGUUGAAGUAGGAUACGGUAACAAUGUAGAUAGACUGAAGUUAUAUGUAAUCGAAAACGGCGGUCCUCCUUUGAUGGGCCGUACUUGGAUUAGACGAUUAAAGUUAAGGGUUACCGAUUGUAUCAAUUUUCAAGGUGAGGACUCUAUGGCAGAAUCUCUUAAGCAAGAGUUUCCAGAAGUUUUCGCUGGGGGGUUAGGCACGUUCAAGUCGCGACUGCAGCUCCGUCUCAAGGACGACACGCCAGUUUUUGUUAAGGCGCGGGCGUUACCGUUGGCGCUUCGCGAGCGCGUGGAACGGGAGCUCGAUCGCUUACAGCGGGAGGGGGUUAUUUAUAAAGUCGACAGAUCAGAAUAUGGGACCCCUAUAGUGCCUGUAGUAAAAGCAAAUGGCACCAUACGUAUCUGUGGCGACUAUAAAAUAACAAUAAAUCCGCGGUUAAAAGAUUUUCAUUACCCGCUGCCGCGGAUCGAGGACCUGUUUGCUCUUUUGGGCGGAGGCGAACAGUAUACCAAACUGGACCUGUCUAACGCCUUUCAGCAAUGUGUUCUGGAGAAGGAGUCACAGCCGAUGACGGCCAUAACCACUCACGUCGGUACAUUUGUAUACAAACGCGUCCCGUUUGGAAUAAAGUGUAUUCCCGAAAACUUUCAAAAGAUCAUGGAGGAGACGUUGAGUGGUUUGCCGUCGACGGCCGUGUUCGCCGACGAUAUUUGUGUAACGGGGAAAGACAAGGCAACGCAUAUGUCUAACUUAAGAGCCGUUUUACAGAGAUUAAAAGAGAACGGCUUACGAAUUAAUUUUGCUAAGUGUCAAUUUUUUAAAGACAGUGUAAACUACCUGGGCUAUAGAAUUGAUAAGUAUGGUUUGCAUACGGAUGAACGAAAAAUUGCUGCUAUUGUUAAUGCCCCGGCCCCCUCAAAUUUAACACAACUUAAAAGUUUUAUGGGGCUUGUUAAUUUUUAUGCAAAAUUCUGUGCUAAUAUGAGCGAUAUUUUAAAACCAAUGUACAGUCUUUUAAAGAAAAAUGUAAAAUGGAAUUGGGACGAAUCAUGUGAUGAUGCCUUUAAAAAAAUAAAAAAAGUGUUAAGCAGUGCUCCAGUGUUAGCACACUAUAAUCCAUCACUGCCGCUAAUUCUUUCGGUGGACAGCAGCCCUUACGGCCUGGGCGCGGCCUUGACUCAACGGGGCGCGGACGGCGUGGAGCGACCUCUGUGCUGCGCUUCGCGCACGCUGAACGCCGCCGAGUGCAACUACUCGCAAAUCGACAAGGAGGCGCUGGCGAUCGUGUUUGGUGUCACUAAACAUCACCAGUAUGUGUACGGGCGGAAAUUCACGUUGCGGACGGACCACAGGGCACUCAGCUACAUAUUUGGUAAAAACAAAGGGCUACCGGUGACUGCGGCAAGCCGUUUGCAGCGUUACGCGGUAAAGUUAGCCGCGUAUGAUUUUAAUAUUGAAUUUAUCCGAUCAGAGCGGAACUGUUAUGCGGACGCUCUUUCUCGUCUUCCUUUAGUUAGUCAGAAUAGGCCGAGUAUAAAAGACGAGGGAUGUAGCUAUUUAAAUUUUGUAGAAGGGGAUUUUCCACUUAGUUUUAAGGAGGUUAAAAGUGAGUUGGCGAAAGACCCCGUUCUGAGCAAAAUUUACGGGUACGUUAUGUUCGGAUGGCCAAAUAAUAGCAGUGAGUCAGAAAAGCCUUAUUUUAAUCGAAAAGAAUCUCUUAAUAUAGACCAGGGUUGUUUAAUAUGGGGAUAUCGAGUGGUUAUUCCAAAAUCUUUACGAGUUGCGGUUUUGAACGAAUUACACGGUGGCCACCCCGGUAUUGUAAAGAUGAAACAGAUCGCGCGGAAUUACGUUUGGUGGGACACACUGGACGCGGACAUCGAGCGGGUGGCGGAGCAGUGCGCCGCGUGCCGCGCGCAGCGCCCUGCGCCGGCACCCGUGCCGCUGCACUCGUGGCCGUGGCCAGAGGAACCCUGGGCGAGAUUAAACUUAGAUUUUCUGGGGCCUUUUAAUAAUGUUUAUUAUUUAGUUAUAAUCGACGCUCACUCUAAAUGGAUAGAGGUCGAAAAAAUUAAAACGGGAUCUGCUUCUAUGGUAAUUGAUUGUUUACGAACACUAUUUGCACGCUUUGGCCUGCCGAAACAAUUGGUCACCGACAACGGGCCACCGUUUUCAUCGGCCGAAUUCGGCUCUUAUCUUAGACGAAACGGAAUUCGACACACCUUAGUAGCUCCUUAUCAUCCGGCCAGCAAUGGCGCGGCCGAAAAUGCGGUACGUACCAUUAAGCGAGUGUUAAAAAAAGCCGUUAUCGAGAACGAGAAGGAUGUCGCGGCUCUCAGUAGGUUUCUGUUCAUGUACAGAAAUACGGAACACAGUACUACUAAGAAAGAACCGGCUGUGGCGCUUCUAGGGCGGCGGCUACGCGGUCGCCUCGACCUGCUUCGGCCCGACACUGCGGACGUGGUGCGCACCGCGCAGCGGGCCAGCGAGCGGCGCAGCGAGCGCCACGCGCUGCGCCAGGCAGAGCAGGGGGCCGAGGUUCUGGUGCGAGACUACGCGCGCGGAGCGCACAAGUGGGCCGAGGGCCUGGUGCUCGCAAAGUCGAGAUUUACGCUCAGUGACAUUGACGCUAAAGCACCUAAUAUAUCACCCGUCUCCGAUCAGCCAGCGGACAAGGUCCAAGUAGACAUUCCGGAUGCCACGGGGUUGCCCGCUGACGAUACGGAUCAAAACGACGGGGAAGGCGGAUGCGAGGAUGAGUAUGGCACGCCCCCGGGGACUCCGACAAAACGUGACGAACGUUCGCGCCGGAAAGCUGCUGUCCGUUGUUUAGAAAGAUUUAAACAAAUGCACAGCGCGACGCGGGCACUUUGCACGCGCGGAAUACAACCUCUGCUCCCCACUACAGCGCAGCAGCCUCCGCGCCUGCGCGCAACCUUCUGGUAUUUACGAACUUUGGAUUCUGGUUACUUUACUAUGAUUAAUAAUUGGACCAAUCCUGCUAAAGAAAAUCAUGCAACACCGUACACUAGCUGCACAUUCAACUACCCACCGCUCGCUGUCGGCACCCUCACAUGGUUUCAGAGGAAUUUCUUCCCGCACAUGCUCCGGCUGUAG